UCACUGCAGCGAUGAAAGCAGAGUCGAAAUUGGAGGAAAAACGCGUGGAUGUGGCCAUAAAACCGUUUGCUAGAGCUGAGAUAAUAACAUUGCGCCAGUAGUACUGAGCCUGGUGAGCUCACGGCUCUGCUAGUGGUCUAGUCGAAGACAAGGACGCUGAGAGGGGAACCCGACCGAGCUGAUAGCGACACAGGGGGGGGAUCUGGUCGGCCCACUGCAGCCUGAAUCACCGCAGACUCGCCCCACUGCUGGUUCAUCAUCGACGACGCUUUGCCAGUCGACGUGCGCAUCCUCACGGAGGAUAGAAAGCGACGGGGAAGGGACGGACCCGAGCCCGAGUUUGACCCUCUGCCGCAGCCCAGAAGGUGCGCUGCUUGGCGGGGCGUGCUAAAUAAUGAGCCAAAGGGACACGCUGGUUCAUUUGUUCGCAGGAGGAUGUGGUGGCACUGUGGGCGCAAUUUUGACUUGUCCUCUGGAGGUUGUGAAGACCAGACUGCAGUCCUCCUCCAUCACUCUCUACAUCUCCGAAGUCCAUCUCAGCACCGUUAAUGGAACCAGUGUGGCCCGUGUCGCUCCACCAGGGCCUCUGCACUGUCUCAAGUUAAUUCUAGAGAAAGAGGGUCCUCGUUCACUCUUCAGAGGACUGGGACCCAAUCUUGUGGGUGUGGCACCUUCCAGGGCGAUCUACUUUGCGGCCUAUUCGACUGCCAAGGAGAAGCUGAAUGGGGUGCUGGAGCCAGACUCUACCCAGGUGCACAUGGUGUCGGCUGGGCUGGCAGGAUUCACCGCCAUCACAGCCACCAACCCCAUCUGGCUGAUCAAGACCCGCCUGCAGCUGGAAACUAGAACCCAGGGUGAGCGGCGAAUGAAUGCAUUUGAUUGCAUCCGGCGGGUUUACCAGAUGGACGGCCUGCGAGGUUUCUACAGGGGCAUGUCAGCCUCAUACGCUGGCAUCUCUGAGACUGUCAUUCAUUUUGUCAUCUAUGAGAGCAUCAAACGUAAACUGGUGGAAUCUAAGGCCCACGCCAGCAUGGACGAAGAGGAGGAGUCUGUCAAAGAUGCUUCAGACUUUGUGGGCAUGAUGCUCGCAGCAGCCACCUCCAAGACCUGUGCCACCUCCAUCGCAUACCCUCAUGAGGUGAUCCGCACACGGCUACGAGAGGAAGGCAGCAAGUACCGCUCAUUCUUCCAAACGCUGCUGACCGUGCCCAGGGAGGAGGGAUACCGGGCGCUGUACCGCGGCUUAACCACCCAUCUUGUCAGACAGAUCCCCAACACUGCCAUCAUGAUGUGCACCUAUGAGGUGGUGGUCUACCUGCUCGGCCGUUAGCCCACCAGGUUUGUCUCCUUCUUGGUUAAAGAGGGAGACAGUUGAGCAAAUGACUGAGGAGGUAGCCCUCUGGCGAGGACUAAAUGUCAAAAUGAAGACCAAAGGAAAACCGAAAAUACUCUAGUGGACCUGAAGAGGAAAAACAGACAAAAGAUGAAGAGAUAGGACGAAGGAAAAGCCCUUUGUUCCCAUAUCAGUAUCAUCACCUUAAGUUCCCUUUAUCAGAUUGCUGGAACAGAUAGAGGUCAUUACAGUUCAGAGGAGAGGUAAUUUGGGUAGGAUUAGAAAAGAGGCACUGACAGGAAAGAACCAGAAAGAGUUUGGCACCUGUUAAACUAAGGGUACCUCUGAAGGAAUACAUUUUAAGCACAUUUCAGUGGCCUUAACAUGGAUUUAAGUUUGCGUCCUUCCUUUUGAGGGGAGACUGAAAAACGGCCUUUUCAAAUCUUAAAUAGAGAUGAUAAUGUGAAAGGGGAAUGCUUGGAGACAACUUCAUUGGACAGGAGAGAUGAUAACUAAAUGAACGUCAAAGUCACACUACUUGGCACCAUUUGUCUGAAGUGGACUUGCUUCAGUGCCGUGAGACUACUGUACCAUCUGAACUAGCCAUCUUUGCACUACACAAAGUGUGGCUUCAAGCAUUCCCUUAACAUUGCAGUCAAUCCUCCCCCCCCCCCCAAGGCCUGAAGUUUCUAACACAGCAGUCAGCUAAACGGCCACACAAAAGAAAAAACAGUGAUGAGCUUGUGACGGCCUGUCACUUGAACACAUGCCUUCAGAAACUAGCUUGUGUUCACAAAGAGUAGGUUGAAAAGCUGACAUUCAGUGUUUUACUCCUUUGUAACUCGGUGCCUGGCGGUGACGUGGUCCGGGUGAAGUUGGCCUUCUGUGUUGGCAGGUUCUCUUUCUAAAACUGAAAUAAAAGUGGCAUACAAGGCCAGCUUCUGCCUGCACCCAGUCACUGCUCAGGACUUUAAAAUCUUGUGUGAAAACAUGAGACCAACGAGUCCUUGAGAUGUGAAGUGUGUGAUUGUCGAAAAGGUACCGACACUUAAGUAUCUGCUAUUGGAGUGCCACUACUUGAAUAUAAUGUGACCGUGUGGGGAAAUGUUGGAGUGGGAGAAUGUUGAUGCAGUUUCAUUAUCACAUCGUGUGUGUGUGUGUGUGUGUGUGUGUGUGUGUGUGUGUGUGUGUGUGUGUGUGUGUGUGUGUGUGUGUGUGUGUGUGUGUGUGUGUGUGUGUGUGUGUGUGUGUGUGUGUGUGUGUGUGUGUGUGUGUGUGUGUGUGUGUGUGUGUGUGUGACAUGUUGGUCACUCUCACCAUGAUGAUCUAACUAUGUUUUAAGAAUGUGUUUGUACAUCUGCGCUCAUGUGUGCCUGCAUGUAUAAUUAAUAUCUACUCCAGAUUUCCCUACACUAACUAUUAAUCUUGCAAGACACUGCGGUUGGGAGUGUGGAAGAGCUCCUGUACGAUACUGGCAGCUUUCAUUCCCAGUCUCAUGCCAGCCCUUCCUUCCAGUGGCUCCCAACUGACCUGAUAACAUGCACUUUUGUGGCCUUUUAGGGCUUGUGCUUUGCAUUUUUCUUGUGUGGACAGUUUGAACUUGUACAUUGUAAAAGAAAAAAAGUAUUCCUGUAUAUCAAAAUGGUAUUUUGCGCAACUGUUCUUCUAUCAGAUAUAUUGUACAGUUUAGGGUUCUCAGUAGUUGUGAAGGAUGUCCAAAUGUGUGUAUAUAAUAUAGAUACUGUAUAUGAAUCUCAUUUAUUGUUUUUGUUCUUAGGCCCAUGUAUGAUCAUGCUGUAGUUUGCAUUUGCAACAUGUUGUUAUCUUUUUGUGCAAUUUCACCUUGUUUGACAUUGACUGAUGACAUGAAUAUUGUUGUUGCUUGAUUGGGUUUUCUUACAUUAUAACUGUGAGUUAAUUUGUAUUUGUAUGUUGCUGUAAGCUGUCAAGCAAACAUUUGUGUUAACACUAAAGCUAACAAAUGCUGCAGGAGAAAUACUUUAAUCUAAGCAUUUGUGCGUUGGUUUGUCAUUUUAGUGGUCCAAAAAAAGUUUUCCAUUUUUCAGAUUUUGGAUGUUUCCAUCAUUGGUAAUGUUUACAUUGUUCAUAACUCUCAUAGCAAAAUGUUUUGAAUAUCAAGAUGGAGGUAUUUUAAUGUGAGAGUUUAACAACUGGAAUCAUCUAUCUACAAUGCCGUACAGGGUUAAGUCUGUUAAAAACAAAAAUGCCAAGCUUAUCUGUUACUGAAGAGAGUGGUAGGUAAAAACUGUGAAUUUACCCCUUUUAGCAUGCAUAAAGAAAUAUCUUUUGGGAAAAAUUUGGCACAUGCAUUCCUUUCAAAUUGUAUCCAAGCACCUUAUCAAAUCAAUUUUUGAUAUUGUUCAUAGUCAAAACCUCCUUUUAAAUGACAUUUAAAACUUAUGAGCAGAGAAAAGACCUCCCUCAACAAUCUCUGAGGCCCAGCCGCUGUGGUCUCUGAGCCCACUGAUUCUCCGUAUGGAAAAGAUUAAGACUGUAGAGUUUCCAUGUUUAAAAAAAAAUAUUGUUGUUAUUUUACCAACUGCAGAAAACCUGAUAUGUUCAGGCAUGAAGUUCUUGAAUGCUCUCAAAUUAAUUUCAGAGGCAUACCAAGGCCUGGGUUGUAACUCGUAAUAGUUAUUGAUUUUCAGUCUCCAUUGACAUGUUGAUAGCCCCAAAGUUGCUGUGGGUGCUUGGAAAAAAAACAAAACUGCUGAUUCAUUUUAAUGUCCAUGUUUUCCUGUAAAACACUUUCUUUUUUUCAUGUUAUUGGCUACAUUGCAGUAAUACUUGAGAUCAUGUUACCAAAAUGUGAAAUAACCAUACAACUGGAGAACCAGUGCAGACAUUUUACUUUUAUUUUGUAACUCUCAUUUCAGUGUAUGUAUGCAAUUCAAUAUCUUUCUCCUGUAUGCUUGGACAGGAUGCAGCGUCAAGCAGAGUUCAAUUAAACCUGGAAGAUUGUUUUUUGCCGGCUCACUUGUUGAUGUUCUUUUGUUUUUUGUUUUAAAACUCAAAAGUAAAUAAAAAUCCACUUGCAACUAAA